UACUUGAUUGCAUAACCAUUGUUACUGUUUGAUGGUCUAAUAUUUUUUUCCGUGACUGUUUAGUGAGUAAUUAUCUGGAAACUGUUUUUCCUGCAUGUAUUUGUUGUGUCUUUCUUUUUCUUAUUUUAAUACUGUUCUAUUUUUAACACUAUUUAACACCUCAGUAUCAUGAUUAAUUCUGUCUUUUUAUUCUAUUAAGCUGAUCAAGAAACCUAACUUCCCCUGGGGAUUAAUAAAGUUCACCUGUAUCUGUGUCUAGCUUAAGACUUAACGAAAACCCGAAAAGCAAAGCUACUCAGUUCAACACUUUCAUAUUCAAGGCCCUCAGGUAACAGAAUACUUUCAUUUUUUUUUAAAAUAAAUCUGUUAUUGCGAAACAUGCUGUAAGAAUGUGUUUAAGUAAACUCAUCACUUCAUCAAAUGUGUUAAACUCGGCUCAUGUCUCUUUUUUUUUACAGUGUUUCCUGGUAGAAUAUGAUGGGAUAAUAUUAAUGACCUUUAAGAGUUUAUAUUAUGGAUCUGCAGUUUAUUAUUACUUCUCUGAACAUGCAUUAAUGUUCCUUCAUAGUGAGUCUCGACACUCUCUUACAGGUAACUUUUUAUUUAUCAGGAAAGUCUGUUCCAAUGGGGGGGGUUUGUGUGGUGUUAUAACUGUCACAUUGAUUAGAGAUGGGUCAGAGUUUGCAUCCACUUCUUAUUUUGGGGAAAUUUUGGAUGAAUACACUCUACUUUUUGUUAUUCAAAUAUGUAAAUAUGUCAUUAUACUCUUGUACGUUGUAGUAUUUUACUGUGUUUUUUCACUGUGUAUAUAUAGUGUACUUUGGUCUGAUAUCUGCACUAAGGCCAGAUAUGUGGAAGAAGAGAAGAUCCAUCCACUCCUUGUGAACAGGCUGAGACCGACACACCAGCACGGAUCUGAGUCAGGCUGCACACGACUCCGGCUAUUUCCAGCUUCAAGCAAAACAACACUAACUCCACACAGUAAGGUGUCAUGGCGGAGAAGGUGCUGGUGGUUGGCAGCGGCGGGCGGGAGCACGCGCUGGCCUGGAAACUAGCUCAGUCCCCACAUGUUCAGCAAGUCCUGGUUGCCCCCGGUAACGCAGGAACAGCCAAAUGUGGGAAGAUCCGCAACUCUGAGGUGUCUGUGAGUAACCACAGCAUCUUGGCUCAGUACUGCAAAGAUCAUCAUGUGGGCCUGGUUGUGGUUGGACCUGAGGUACCACUGGCAGCAGAUAUUGUCACUGAUCUGACAGGGGCUGAUGUUCCAUGUUUCGGCCCCGUUGCCGAAGCGGCAAAGCUGGAGUCCAGCAAGAGCUUUGCUAAAGCCUUCAUGGAGCGUCACAACAUCCCCACAGCCCGUUAUGGCUCCUUCACCAACCCUGAGGAUGCCUGCCGCUUCAUCCGCAUGGCUGAUUUUCCAGCACUGGUGGUGAAGGCCAGCGGUCUGGCAGCAGGGAAGGGAGUCAUUGUGGCCCGAGACCAGGACGAGGCCUGUCAGGCUGUGAUGGACAUCAUGAAGGACGGAGCCUUUGGAUCUGCAGGGGAGACGGUGGUGGUUGAGGAGCUUCUGGAGGGAGAGGAGGUGUCUUGUCUGUGUUUCAGCGACGGCAUCAACGUGUAUCCAAUGCCUCCAGCACAGGAUCACAAAAGACUGCAGGACGGGGACCAGGGGCCAAACACCGGCGGCAUGGGGGCCUACUGCCCCACCCCUCAGGUGAGCAAGGAGCUGCUGCAGGUGAUCAGAGAAACUGUACUCCAGAAGACGGUGGACGGAAUGAGAAAGGAAGGAGUGCACUACGUAGGUGUCCUUUAUGCAGGGAUGAUGUUGACCAAGCAGGGACCUAAAGUCCUGGAGUUCAACUGCCGCUUCGGAGACCCAGAGUGUCAGGUGUUGAUGCCUCUGCUGAAGAGUGACUUGUAUGAAGUGAUCUGGAACAUCCUGGACGGUAAACUGCAGUCCCACCCCCCUGAGUGGCACCAGGACAGCUCUGCGGUCACCGUGGUCAUGGCCAGUAACGGAUACCCCGGCUCCUACAAGAAAGGAGUGGAAAUCACCGGCUUGUCCCAGGUCGAGGACAUGGGCCUGCAGGUUUUCCAUGCAGGCACGGCCCUCAAGGAAGGAGGAGGCCUGGUCUCCAGUGGGGGGCGGGUCCUGACUGUAACCGCCGUCAGGUCGUCACUGGAGGUGGCGCUGGAAGCGGCCAAUCAGGGUGUGGCAGCUGUGGGCUUCCCUGGCGCUGUUUAUCGCCGUGACAUUGGCCAUCACGCCAUCGCUUUCCUGAAAGAACCCAGAGGUCUGACCUAUAAGGACAGUGGGGUGGACAUCGCUGCUGGGAACAGACUGGUGGACAUGAUCAAGCCUUUGGCCAAGGCCACAUCCCGCACUGGAUGUACUGCAGACCUGGGGGGCUUUGCUGGACUCUUUGACCUGAAGGCUGCUGGCUUUGUUGACCCCAUCCUGGUCUCUGGCACAGACGGAGUCGGGACCAAACUCAAGGUUGCUCAGGCGUGCAGGCAGCAUGGCGGCCUCGGUCAGGAUCUGGUUGCCAUGUGCGUGAACGAUGUGCUGGCCCACGGCGCCGAGCCGCUCUUCUUCCUCGACUACUUUUCCUGUGGGUCUUUGGAUGUGGAAAUGGCUGCCACGGUGGUCGGCGGCAUCGCUAAGGCCUGCGAGAUGGCCGGCUGUGCUCUACUGGGGGGGGAAACGGCAGAAAUGCCAGGGGUCUACCUGUUGGGCGAGUACGACCUGGCUGGGUUCUGUGUGGGGGCGGUGGAGCGUGGAUCCUCGCUGCCCAGGCUCAGGGACAUCACUGAGGGAGACGUUCUGAUCGGCGUUGCCUCCUCUGGGAUCCACAGCAACGGCUUCAGCCUGGUCCGACAAGUCCUGCAGCAGAAACACAUCAGCUACAGCUCCCCUGCUCCGUUUGGAAAACCAGGACAGACCGUCGGGGAUGUUCUGCUGACUCCGACUAAGAUCUACAGUCGUCUGCUCCUCCCCAUCCUUCGCAGCGGCGCCGUUAAAGCCUACGCCCACAUCACAGGGGGAGGCCUUUUGGAGAACAUCCCUCGGGUGCUGCCCCCGGAGCUGGCAGUCGAUUUAGAUGCCUCUCGUUGGACCAUCCCCCCGGUGUUUUCCUGGCUCCACCAGGAGGGGAAUAUAAGCGAGGAGGAGAUGGCCCGUACUUUUAACUGUGGCCUGGGGGCGGUGCUGGUGGUCUCCCCACCCGACGCUCCGAGGGUCUUAGAGCAGCUACAAGCCCAGGAGGAUGCCUGGAUAGUGGGGUCUCUGUCCCAGAAGCAGCCAGGUGCAGAGCCUGUGGUCGUCCGCAACCUUAGGCAGAGUCUCACCAAUGCGGGCCUGAAAUCUGGUGCAGCUGAGAAAAAUGGUGGUUGCCAUGGUGACAGCAGCACAGCACGUAAGAGGACCAGAGUAGGAGUUCUCAUCUCUGGCACAGGCACCAACCUGCAGGCCCUCAUAGAGCAGACUAAGUCCCCGUUCAGCGCUGCUCAGAUCGUGGUGGUUAUUUCCAACAGGCCCAGCGUCCAGGGCCUGAAGAGGGCCUCGUUGGCUGGGAUCCCGACACGGGUGGUGGACCACAAGCUGUACGGGAGCCGAGCCGAGUUCGACAGUACCAUCGACGGCGUGUUGGAAGAGUUCGGAGUAGAGCUGGUUUGUCUGGCGGGUUUCAUGAGGAUCCUAACCCCAAACUUUGUCAAAAAAUGGAACGGGAAGCUGCUGAACAUCCAUCCAUCUCUGCUGCCUUCAUUCAAGGGGGUGAACGCCCAGCGCCAGGCCCUGCAGGCGGGGGUACGGAUCAGCGGCUGCACGGUUCACUUUGUCGCAGAGGAGGUGGACGCGGGGGCCAUCAUCGUGCAGGAGGCGGUGCCCGUCCUCCGCGGGGACACGGAGGACACUCUGUCGGACAGAAUCAAAGGAGCCGAGCACCGGGCCUACCCCGAGGCCGUGGAGCUGGUGUCCAGUGGGAGCGUGAGGCUGGGAGAGGACGGGCGCAUCAUCUGGGAUUCAAAGCGCAGUUAGAACAGAGUUAGAAAAGUCUGAGACGUGUGUUUGAAAACUGAUUGUCCAUGAACCAGCAGCAUUUCAUCUCAUCCUUUUGGUCUCCUAGCAUGUCUUUGUAUUAGACUUGAAAUAAAAACUACAUUCCAUUUCUGUUUACAUUCCAUUUUUCAGCUUUGUAGACAAAUGUUACAGUUAUGUGCAUGAGAAUGAAUCACAUAGAUGGAAAACUAGAAUAGAAUGAGUACGACCUGUAAUUCUGCUGUUAUAAAAUGUGUCCUGAAAACUGGAAUACUGAAAUGUCAUUAAAGCUGCUCUGAUAAAUACAA